UCGCGACAAUAGAUGUAAACAAGAAUUCGAUUUGAACAUUCGUUGUAACGUAAAUAAUUACAACUGUCGUUUUUAGAUCGCCGCGGUGCAUAGCAGAGCGAAUGUGCCAGACGGGACAUCGCAUCGUAGAAGAAGACGUUAGUUGGAGCUCAUCUCGGACUGCUAUUUCAACGUGAAUACUCCACGCGCGAAGUGACGCGCAUAUUCGCGUCAUAACCUACAAGCCCCUUCGUUGUCGACAACAGACGCUGAAGCGAUGACGGGAACUAAGGCGGGAUAGGUAUAACUGGUUUCCGUUCGACCGUCGCUCAUCGCGUACGCUGAGCAACGUUAGAUUUGCGGCGCGACGAGCGGACGCGCGCGUAGGAGAGACCCGGGUAUGAGAGGCCGAGGGUGCGAGAGAAUGUAUCGUAGACAGUUAGUAUGGAAUACGACUCGGAAUCCAGCUGCGAGGGCCGCUGUUUGAGAGACUACGAGAACCCGGACGAGUCGGCGUCGCGUCCGACGCCGGGGCGCGAAAGAUGCGACCAACGCGACGAUGCUCCGCCGUGCAACCACUCGUCACCGUCGCCGUCGUCGAUCGAGCCGUUCAAGUUCAAGUCUCACCUCGCAGGCAAGAAGAGUCUCUCCGCGCAGGUAAUGGAAUAUUAUCGCAAGUACUCCGGGGACGCCAAUCUAGAUCAGUACUUCUCGCUACCCGUGUCGAGUACUCCGCAGGAGGCUAUUAAGUACUAUUACAGUGUAUACGAGUUAAGCGCCGAGGUGGGCUCGUCCAGCAGGCAGGACUGCGUCGGCGAGGAGUACAACCUUAAGUCCCUACCGAAAGAGAGGCGCAGGUGGGUGAGACCCCCGUUGAUCGGGCAGUCCUCCAACGCGGACGCCUCGUCCAGGUAUGUUCAACCGUUGACCGAUCUCCAGACGUCGCCGUCCCCUGAUCUCAAGUACGUUACGCCGGAAACGAUACACGAGGAGAGGAACGAGAGCCAGGACAAGUUUCCAGAGGUGAGCGAGAGAAAGUUGUCCUCUCCGACCUCUAGCGUGGCGUCUUACAAGCCACUGGAGUGGGACAGCGGCGCGGACGUCGGUUACUUCAAUUCGAUCGCACACAACAAGCAAAGCGACAAGAAGUUGAGCACCAUAGAACGCAUGGCCCUGGCACGAGGAUGCUCCGCCGCCUUACGCUUAGACCCGGAGGGCACCACCGAGUCGGGGAUACAAUCUGGGAAGAACGUGGCUGCGCAAGGCAAUUCGAAAUCGUCCGCGCCCGACGCGAAUUCCACCCCGUUGAUCGGAAAUAUUUCAGGAUCCGAGAGCGAGAUAGAGAUAACGCCCAUCGUGAAGAAUCAUCUGCCGGGCAUCAUAACGGGGGAUGACAUAAAAUCGCAGGAGAGAUGCGUCUCGAACGAUGCCUCGCAGCCGAAAGCCGUAGUGAGGCCUACCAGACUCGAGAUACACGACACCCCCACGUCGUCGUCGGCGUUUAAGGCGCCGUUGCCCAAGUGUUCGACGGCGGACAGGAGGAUCUUGAACAGGCGCCAGGACGCCGCGCGUCCGUCGAGUUCGCUGCUACAGAAGAGCAUCUCGAUGAACGUGAUACCCGCGUUGUCGUCGAAAUCCUCGCUGAAGAGAAGCCAGAGCGAAGUGAAUCUACACUCUAAAGAGAAGAAGACUGUGUUUCCUCUGAUCUUCAACUCCACCUCCUCUAUCGCCACUGUGGUGAAUAAACCUGCUACCUGCGACAAAGUAAUACAAACGAGUCCCGACGUGUGCACUCAGGAGUCCGUUGGCGUACAGGUCUCCGAUCUCGAGGAAAAUAAACCUCGACCAGCGGCGGAGAAAGAUCCUAAUCUGCGAACGGCGAUACAGUCUAUAUUGAAAAAUUCCAAAGGUACAUAUAAGGUGAAAAAUUCAAGAAAAUACGACUCGUCGCGUUCGGUAGGUGACGCCGAGGUCGGCACGGACGCAAAGGAGAGCCAGAGGCACCGGAGCAGCUCGAAUGUCUCGCAGAACGCGUCGACCUCGGUAACGCCACAGCCGGACGAGACGGAAAACGUGUCUGGGAGAGCCAACAGUUUCGAGUACUUCCCGGGACACACCUACGCGAACGUGCCGAAUGAGAGGGACAGCCACGCUUCCUCGGACACCGGUAGAUCGAACUCGACACUGCCGAAUAGCAGUUCCAGCGUCAAUGACAAACUCUGGGGAGAUUCGGACAGUCUAGUCCGGGAUCUCGAGAGGAGCGUCAACAUCCUGAAGAGCCUCGUCGACGCCAACAAAUGCGACAAGCAGGUGAAGAAAAGACUGAUACAGCACGUGAUUAAGCGGCUCGUGACUGCGAAGUAUACAGACGACAAGAUUGAGCAUAAUUUGGAGGAUAACGUUCCUUGGAAUCCGGACGACGCCAGGAACAAGGUUUACAGAACCGAGCUGCUUCAGGCCCUGGCGAACAAGCACAGCACCACCGAGUCCUCGGACGAGUGGAAUCUGCGAAAGAAGGACGCGUCUAUGGGACAGAAAUCCAUGGGGACCACCAGCGACGUCAUAAAGGAAGUCGCGUUGGAGAGUAGUAACAGUGACAAGUUCGACCGACAUACGGACAGAACGGAAAUGGACGGUAGGAAAGCGCGACUAGGACUGAGAACGGACGAUUGUCAGCAGACCAGCAACACGCCGACGGAUCCCGACAAGAGCGAGAGCUCCGAAUGCUUUGUGCCGCAACGCAAUCAUAAGAACACUAAGGUGAACGACAUAUUUUGCUUCAAAGAGAACUGCAAGCUGCCGCACAGAGAGUCGACCACGACGAACAGUAUACCUCCAGAUCACAACAGGAUCUUGCUGGACGCCGUCGUGAAUAACAGAAGAACGCCAGUCGAGUCCAACAAUAACACAGACAACAAUACCGACUGGAGAUUACCGACGACCUCAUCCGAGAGGCAGUUCGAGUUGAAGAAGUGCAGCAUGUCCGAAUCCAGGGAUUCUAAGCUAGUUAAUUACGCCGAGAUGGAAAAGCGAAAUCAACUGAUUUGGAUUACAAACGAGAUUAGUCACCUUUGUAACUUGAAAAAAUUACUGGAACAACCCAGGCGACUAGAAAGACCGAAAUCCUCGCCAAGAAAAUCUAAAUCGAAACAAACAGUGGUACUUAGGCGAGAACAGCACACGGAUGCCUUGAACAGGAGCGUAUCCGAUUUGCAAGAGGAUUCCAUUAACGAGCCAUGGUCAUCUCACUGCAACUUGGCGGUAUGCGAAGCUGCUGGUGAUACUAUAAUCCAGAGGGUCAUGAAACGUAACAGUUGCACGCAAACGGCCACGGGCGUGGCCAACGUUUAUUCGAAAACCGGUGGAGAGAUCAUUUCUGCUACCAAAACGCGAAGAUCCGCGACGAAGCAUGUCGCCGUCGGUGUGCAGACCUUGCUAUCUCGAGAAGUGUCAUCUUCGACCCCGGUAACGGCGGAGUCGGACGUAUACGAAGCGAAAUACGCGAAUCCUCAAAAGCCGUGUACGCAUUACCAAAACGGCACCAAGUGCAGAGAUCAAUCGUGCCAGACGCUCACCGCUUCGAUCGUGCAGCGCACGUGCACGCGAUGUAAACAGAGUUCAUCCGAGACGACCUUAAUCAGAUCGCAAAAGGGUCACCAAGGGGACGCGCCGGCCGUUUCGCAGCAAACGCAAACGAAUUACGCGAGCGACAACAGCGCGACAGAGCCUGUUCAGCACCGUGUGUCGCAAAGCGGCGCCGUCCAGCCGAAACAGAAAGAGGCUAAAAAUCAAAUCAACGCGUCGAAAUCAAAAUGCAGUUGCGCACGUGGCGUCAGCGACAAUAAAGCCAGCUCGAGCGCCGUUAAAACCAAACGGACUGAAUGUUAUAAACUACCAUUUGCUACAUGUCCAUUGUGUUUUAAACAGAAGCCUACUGUAGAUGUUGAUAAUGCUGUCUGCGGCGUAUGUCAAAAGAGUCCUUCAUGCACGCACGAUAACACCUCGGGAGUUGAGCAAACCUGUGGAAGUGCGUGCGAGUGUGACAAUGUCCCUAACGACGCAGAUAGAAGGAUUGUCAUUGGCAAGUCGAGACAGAACUGUAACGCGGAAAGCCAAGGUAGGAUGCGCACAUUAAACUACGGCGAACGGAGUGACACGGGGAGGAAGAUUUACGAUUGCGCGAACGAUUGUGCCGCGUGUCAUAAAUCGGGAACCGCCGCAGGAACGUCGUGCGAAUGUUGUUCAAGCGGUAAAAUUGACAAUAAUGACUCGUGCCGUUUUGAGUGUCGUCUAAAGGUAGCGGAGCAUCAACCGCAGACGCAAAUUUAUUCUGACAGUUCGCAGGAUAGCGACAACGUCAAUCGACAACGUAAAGUACAAAGUAGCUUAAAAUGCAAUUGUGAUGAGGCUUGCUCCUGUAAUAAUAAUCAAGCGAAAGAUAUUGUCAAAGGGAAAGCGUGCAAGAGUUACACAUUAAAACCAAAUUACGUAGACAAUAGCAGUAUUAAUAAGACCGAAAGAAAUUACAAACAUUGCCGCGCGUGUGGUGCCAUGUAUAAAAAUGCCAGGAAAUGCGGUUGUCCUCAAACGUAUCCCAAAGCUGUUGCGUAUGAAUUAUCAUUUACAAAAGAAAAUGUCUCGAAAAAUGAGAUCUCCAAUAUUGCAACACCGAAAAUCCUCAAGCAACCGUUGAACGCGGCAAAAUCUGACGCUUGUCCUUGCGAUAUUAUAAAAAGAAAUAAUUCUAGCAAAAAUCUUCAUCAAGCGAGUACAUUGCAGGAUUAUUUAUCUAAAAAUAAUCCUGAGUUUGUCGGCAAUGCAGAAACACGUCGGCAGUAUUUAUCGGAAAUAUGCCAGUUGCGAGAAUUGAGGAAAGAGAAGCGAAUACAGUUAUUGGCAAUGGCUAGUAUGUCCAGCAUUACUAAAUCUGCACCAGUACGAAAGCCAACAGUUUACAUGCAACGAAAAAUUACUGACGAGGAGAUGAAGGAGAGAUCUCGUAAACGGUAUCUCCGACUAAAUGAAGUGCGAUUUAAACGGCGGCAACAAGAACGACAAGAGGAAGCACGUCGAAAUAAACUCAUGGCGAGGAUCUUUUGUAAGAGAUUGCAGCAAAAAGUAUUAAGGGGCCAAGUAGAUUUAUCUCAAAGCGUUAGCGUUAUUUCCAAUUUGUAGAAUUAUUAGCGCCUACUUAUGUAGAGAACUGUUCCAUUUUCUCAAAUAUCCAUGACAAAAGCUAUCUCACAGAUUUUAUUGAAAUAUUAAUAUUAUAGUUCUUACAACAAGAUUAAAAUUUGCAUGUUAAAAAGGUAUACUUGUGAUGCACACAAGGUAUAAAAAUGUGACAAUUCUUAUGAAAGGUAUAAAAAUGUGACAAUUCUUAUGAAAGAAUAUUGUCAAAAUUUAUUCCGUGGAACAUAAUAAUAAAAAACUAAUUAAUAAACAAAUUAGAGCGAACAAUUUUAGCAAGGUCUUUGGGAUAGUACUUAAUGUCAUGCACAUUUAAUUUUUUAUAAACAUUUAUCUUUAAGUGAGAAAGUUCUAAAAUAUUCUAAUUUUUGAAAAGAGAGAGAGUUAUACGUUUUACACUUCAGAAAUAUUAUCUCAGGUAGUUAAAAUUUGUAUUACAAUAAUGUGUUUUUUUAGUGAAAUUGCAUAAUAGGACUCAGAUUUAUAACCUAUUUAUGAUUAUUGAAUAUGUAUUAUAGAUAGUGGAGAAUCUGAUCUGUUUUACUUAACGUAAAAGUUACGUAUUUUUUCAUUAAGUCUAUAUAUAUGAGUGCAGAGACGACAUGACUAAAUAGUACAAAGGACAUUGAAUUUUUUUACAUGCAUUUUAUAUACUAUAUAUACUAUAUCAAGAAUACAUUUAGGUCUUUUAGGACAAUGAUCUGUAUGUUUCAACUAUUUCUUAUAAUUAUGGAAAUUAGAUUAAUCCCGAUAUAAUUUCGCUGAUUUAAAUAUGAAAUAUAUGCAAUUACAAUUUUUAUCCAUAUAUGGUAAUAAAUGAAACAUUUUGCCAAAGUUUUUCACGCGCUAACGACGUUAAAAAUUGAAUUUAGCGAAAUCAUAUCGAUAUUAAUUCUUAAUAAAAUAAUUGACGUUUAUACACGUAUAACAAAAUUAUUUUCACGUAGUAAAACAUAUCGUUGAAACAUACCACCGAUCAUAACAACUGAAUGCUUUAAAAUAAGAAACAUUAAAUAUGUACGUAGUACCUGAAUCUUGUAGUAUAGCAUUUUUUUAUUGCAUAUGAAUUAUAUAUAUAUAUAUAUAUAUAUAUAUAUAUAUAUAUAUAUAUAUAUGUACACACAAACGUGCUAAUAAAUUCUUAAAAAAAAUAUAUAUAUAUACUUUUAAAGGAGAGAAAAGAAUGUCGCUUUAUUCGAUCUCUUAUAACAUUAUAUCUACAAAACUAUUGGUUUUAUAGCAUUCACAACAAGAUAUAUUGUGCGCUUGACACGACUCGAUCAAACGCUUGCAAAGCUUGUAAUGAAAGAAAGAAUAUUGUGGCAGAAUUAAUUGAUUUAAUUCAGAAAUAUACCAAUCAUUCAAAUCAAA